GUCAUGGAAUCUCCUCCCAAACCAGAUUUCUUUCCUCAUCAGCAUCACUCCCCAUUCAAUCAUCUCGUAUUCCUUCUUACACACUCCCACACUCAUUCCAAUCUUUUAAUUCAGUCUCCUACUUGACUACCUACCUAAUUCAUAAUGUCCGAUAUCAUCUCCCAGCUCCAGGUGCUCAGCCGCGACAAUGGCUGUCUCCUCGAUCUCACUGCCAUCCUGAGCAUCUGCCCCAACAUCGACAUCCUCACCAAGCGUCCUCACAAGGUUGAGCAGAAGCAGGAAUACGUCACCAUCACUCCCACUGAGUACAAGAAGAAGGGUGGCAAGAAGGCCCACUACCGCCGUGGCUGCAGUGGCAGUGACUGCUACGAGGUUCCCGAGCAGGUCUGCAAGAAGCACCAAGUCAGCCAGGAUAUCCAGAUCCUGAUCUACCUCGGCCUCAUCACUACUGAGGAGCUCGAUGAGUACCUUUGCAAGACUGGCGACCUCAAGAAGGGCGAGUCCAUCAAGGACUUUAGCAACGGCAAAGUCGGCGUCAACCCUCUCCUGAGCCUUUCCGUUGGCGAGAACGGCGACAUCGCCAAGGUUGAUGUUGGCGGCGAUAGCCUCCUGAGCGCCGAUGUCCUGGGCAAGCGCGAAGACAAGCUCAUUGAUGUCCAAGUUGGCGGCAAGAAGAACAAGGAUAAGGGUACUCUUCUCGAGGCCAAUGUUCUCACCCACGACCGCCGCGCUGAGCCCGCCAUCGACCUUGAACUCCUCAAUACCGGACGCCCCGGUCGCAAUGGCCGCCCCAAUCGCCCCAGCAAUGGUGGCACCGACAAGCUCAUCGACGUCCAAGUUGGUGGCAAGAAGAACAAGGACAAGGGCACCCUCCUCGAGGCCAAUAUCCUCACCCAUGACCGCCGCGCUCAGCCUGCCAUCGAACUUGACCUCCUCAACACUGGUCGUCCCGGCCGCAAUGGCCGUCCCGGUCGCAACGGUGGAACCGAUAAACUCAUCGACGUCCAAGUUGGUGGCAAGAAGAACAAGGACAAGGGUACUCUCCUCGAGGCCAAUGUCCUCACCCACGACCGCCGCGGUCUCCUGGAUGAUUUGACCUCGCUCCUCGAUCUCUCUAUCGGCGGAAGCGGCCCUGAUGAUUCUCUCCUCAGUCUUGGCGUUGGCGGCUCUGGAAGCGGCAACGAGAACGGCAACGGUGGAGGCAACGGCAACGGCAACGGCGGUGGUGAUGGAAACGGAAACGGCAAUGGAAGCGGCAACGGCAACGGCAACGGAUCUGGCAACGGCAACGGAUCUGGCAACGGUAACAAUGGCUCUGGCUCUGGCUCUGGAAACAACGGUUCAGGCAAUGGUAACGGAUCUGGUAACGGAAACGGCAGUGGUAACGGAAACGGCAAUGGAAGCGGCAACGGCUCUGGCAACGGCUCUGGCAACGGCUCUGGCAACGGAAACAACGGAUCUGGUAACGGCUCUGGCUCUGGCAACGGAAACAACGGCUCUGGCAACGGAAACGGCAGCGGGAACAACGGAUCUGGCUCUGGCUCUGGCAACAACGGCAACAUGUACAGCAACGGCAACGGUAGCGGACACGGAUACCCCCGCGACAACAAGGACAUGAUCAGCCACUACCAGCCCAUGUGCAACAAGGGAUUCAAGAAGGAGCACCUCUCCAAGUGCCACAAGGAGCAGGCCACCGACGUCAACCACUGCAUCGCCAUCUGCCAGGCCAAGAGCGCUCACCUUACCCUCGCUGCCAACGUCAAGGUUGGCGAUGUCGCCAAAAUCCUCAUCUGCGUCGCCGUCGAGUUCAACCAGAAGUCCCAGGACGGCAACUGCAACUACAUGGUUGCCCCUGAGAACAAGCCCUGCAAGGAGUCUUACCUCGAGGAGAAGAAGGACUGCUAUACCUUCAUGCGCCAGUAAGGGACUCAAUUCUCUCACUGUUGAUACGAAAAUUGCCUCUGUCAGGCAUGGAAUACUGGUGGAUUAUUGAGUUGACGAGUUGAAGUGUGAUGCCUCUCCACGACAUCUGGAACCGAAUCACUUGGCGCACACUGUCACACCCCACGAACAUCCUCACUGGAUAAACUUUCUACUUCUUGAGAUAAAAUUUAGAUGUGUAGUCUUCUAUCAUAAUAAAGGUUCCAUUUGUCUACGAAAA